AUGAUGAUGUUCAAGUCCUUCUUCACGCUUGCAUGCCUCGCCGCUACCGCGCUCGCCCAGUCGGCCUUCAUCAACUUACCCGUCGAAUAUGACUCCUUUUCCCCAGGAGAGAACUUCACCGCCCAGAUCACCAGACCCGAUACUCUGACCGGCUCCGACGAGGUCGCGAUCGCAAUCGCGCUCCAGAGCUGUGCGGGUUACACCGGCGGUUGCGCCUCCUUCGACGUCACACAGCGCCUUGGUACCGUGCUGUACCAGGGACCCUUCGCACCGGCCUUCCAGCCCGUGGGUUUCUACGAGCCCUACCAGAACUUCACCGUGCAGGUGCCCACCUCCUUCUCUACUGGCCAGGCCUCGCUGUCAUUAUCCCACUUCUCGCUCGUCGGCGCGGGCCCUUACCCGAGUCUCGAAGCUGCCAUGCGAAAAAUUCCAGAUGCCGACUGGACGCGUUUUCUGGCAUAUGCACGCCGCGUUCGUGUUGCCGGCAUCGGCUUGCCAGGGUACAAAGGCAGGAUGGACAACCGUACUCUCCUCGCUCUUGUCCUGCGCGCCGGCAGCUGCCACGUUUUCCCCUCCUUGGUCUCGGUGGAAAUGACUGUGUCGUGCCUGGCUGAUUUCGUGCUCUUUGCGUUCCUCACUGGGUGCCUCUGUACCGCUCCAUCUGUGACUGGGCGAAUACGGCAGAUCUUGCUCUCGCACCCGACACACGGCGCUUUUUCUUUGCCGAUAUUGCUCGACGUGAAUGCGCUGCGGGUGGCGCCCGUACGCAAACUGGUCCUCGCUGGCAAGUCGUAUCUCCUUGUGUGUGCGGUUCAUCGCAUGGGCGGGCUCGAACAAAUAGAGAUCAAGGAAGGGGUGUACCCGCACGUGUGGCUGAAAGCCCUGGGCAGAGCGGAGAAGCUGCGCGAUAUACGCUUUGUGGCCGAUCCCCGCCGCCUGGUCGAUACCUGUCGGAUACUCGUCGGGCCGGCCGUGUUGCGCAACCUGGAGCGCCUUGACGUCUCAGGAUACCCGCCGAGCCUCCUCAGACUCUUCCGCAAUCUCUCGGCGCCGUCGCUGCACUCGCUCACGAUCCGGUUUUUGUAUGGCAAGGAUCGGAAUUUCUGGGACAACUACCGGGCGUGCCUCGGUGCGCUGCCUGCGUCGUUCCGCUCGACCCUUCGCACGCUUGAGAUCCAUAGCCGCUUUCCCGACGGGACGAACACGCCUGCUCCGGCCCCUUUCGUGGACGUGUUCGCGGCGCUCCUGCGGCUGUCUGCGCUCGAAAAUCUCACCGUGAACGUUUGCUUCCCACUAGUGUUGUCCAACAAGGACGCCUGCACCGUGGCGACUGCGUUCCCCCGCCUGCAGGUGCUCGCGUGCUCAUGGCCGCUUCCGCCUGACGAAGAGGACAAAGACGCGCUCAGUGUGGCUUUCCUCGUGCAUUUCCUGAGCAAGUGCCCGCGUCUGCGCGAGUUCGCUAUCCCGCGUCUGGUGUACAGGUCCUCCUCCCCUUCCGGCGGCGACGCGGAUACGCCGUUGCGAGAUGCGCCUGCGCGUGGAUUCAAGCGGCUUACGUUCCAGUAUGAUGUGGCCCUCUGA